AUGUCUUCAGAUGAAGAAUCAAUAGACGACGAAACAUCGUCGUCGUUUGACAUUAUUAUUACAAAGCCUGAUAAGGGGAAAGCCAGACAGCUUGUGUUCAGCAGUGACGACGAGGGUCAACCGACUUUUGGAGUGGAAAAUGUUCAAACAGAUUCAGAUAGUCAGGAGAUAUCUGACGACGAUGAUGAUGGUUCUCAUUAUGAAAAUGCUCGAGAAAAUAGUGUCAGCGAUGAAGAUGAUGUUCCUGCAAUUAAAAAUAAAUAUUGUGUACAACUGUCCGACUCGUCUGGGCUUGACGAAGAAGAUGAUUCUCCACACGUAAAUACAACUGGGACCCAAGAGGAUAAUAGUUCAAGCGAAGAAGACAUUCAUACACAGCAAAACGACUACGUCUCACAUGAGUCCGACUCAUCAGAACCGCUGGAAUCAUCAACAGAUGAAGAAGACGACGAUUCUCCACAUGUAAAUACACACAGGGUUCAGGAGGAUAGUUUCAGUGAAGGAGAGAGUCACAUGCAGCAAGAGAGCUACGUCUUUCCACACGUGUCUGACUUGUCGGAACCACAGGAAUUAGUGGACGAUGACGACGAAAAUUUCCAACAUGUAAAUGCAAGUACGACCGAAGAGUAUAGUUCUAGCGACGAAGAUCUGCUUGCGUAUGAACACACGUCCGAUAAUUCGAUAAAAGAUUCGUUAGAAGAUUUGCUUGCCCAUGAAGACAUGUCUGAUUCGUUAGACAAUCAGGAAACAGCGGAUGAUGAUGGUCCACGUGUAAAUUUAGUAGGCGACCAGGAAACAAUCGAACGAAAUUCUCCACACGCAGACCCAGUUGAAGAUGAAGAAGACGAAGUCGAAGAAGAUGAAGUCGAAGAAGAUGAAAUCGAAGAAGAUGAAAUCGAAGAAGACGAAGUCGGAAAUGAAGAAGUUGAAGUCGAAGAAGACAAAGCCGGAAAUGAAGAAGUUGAAGUCGAAGAACAUGAAGUUGAAAAUGUAGUCGAAGAAGAUAAAGUUGAAGAUGAUUCGGAUGAAGUUGAAAUCGAAGAACAUGAAGUCGAAGUCGAAGAAAGUGAAGUUGAAAUUGAAAGCGAAAAGAACGAAUUGGAAGAUGAAGAUGAUUCGGACGAAGUUGAAAUCGAAGAACAUGAAGUCGAAGUCGAAGAAAGUGAAGUUGAAAUUGAAGGCGAAAAGAACGAAUUAGAAGAUGAAGAUGAUUCGGAUGAAGUUGAAAUCGAAGGACAUGAAGUCGAAGUCGAAGAACAUGAAGUUGAAAUUGAAGGCGAAAAGAACGAAGUAGAAGAUGAAGAUGAAGAGGAUGAAGUCGAAGAACAUGAAGCCGAAGAAGAUGAAGUUGAAAUCCAAGAGCAUGAAGUCGAAGUCGAAGAACAUGAAGUUGAAAUUGAAGGCGAAAAGAACGAAGUAGAAGAUGAAGAUGAAGAUGAAGAGGAUGAAGAAGACGAAGAAGACGAAGACGAAAUGGUUGACGAAACCGUUAAAGUUGAUGAAGACGUUAACGAAGAAGAUUCCAUAUACCCACAUACUGCAUCAGAUGGCUCUCUACGUACAAAGACAAACGGAAAUGGAGAUAUUUAUAACGAUCGUCCCCGUAUGAGCAUGGAAGUCAACGAAACAAUUACAGACAACAAAAAACCUAAAGCUGGUAUCCGUGAUCGGAUGUCAUGGGUUGAUGAAAGAUUUGCUGAAAUUCAGAAUUUAAUGGCACAGCUAUCAGGAGCAGAUAAUCCGCAAGCCACAGCAGAACCUCUUUCGCCGCAUCCCGCGAAACCACAAGACAAGUCAGUGACUAAAUCUCGUGGAGGGCAUCAACGAAAGUCGAAAGAACUGUCGCAAAAAAAUGGUGGAUCUUUUAUUGGCAAGCUUGACGCGUCUGGUACUGGCGGCAAGGUAGUCAAUGCAACUGAGGUUGGGAAGACAUCGGAUGAUGAGUUAAACAUGCACAAGAUGGUAUACGAGAGUACAACACCUAAAUCGACAUCGACCGAAAAUCUUCAAGAAACUGCGAAGCCCAAAGAUGAAAAGCGAAGUCGAAAACGGGAAGGAAAGAAUUCUGGACAGAAAUCAGAAUUGCCGCCAGCGAAAAACGUAAAUCAAGAUCAAGAAGAUUUCCGUAACGACAAUUCUCAUAUCAAAAAGAAGUCGAGCAAACUGAACGCGUCUCCCAGCGACAGCAGUAACAGAGAAUCUCUUCAUGAAACCAAACGUUCAUCAACUUCCAUGAGCAAUCCGGUCAAAGGAAGUGACAUUGCGAGUAAUAUAGGAGCUAAACAGGGCAAACAAAAAGAGGAGCGUGUUGAAAAACAAGAUGCUCGCAAAAGCAAGAAAAAAGCUGGCAAACGAGGAAGUGAAAUAAAACGUGAUAGCAGCAUUAUUAGUACGAAGACGGAUGAAGAUUUGAAUACUCAACAAGCGACGCCCGUACCCGAAUCAGCAGCAGUUAUCGAUAACGAAAUGGCCAGAAACAGUCCUUCACCUGGUUGUACCCUUUUCAGAAGACAAGAUGGCGAAACGGUUCGUGAUUCUGAUUUAUCGGACAGUUCGCCGCAAUCUGGCGCAGGCAAAAGCCAGUCCAGCAGCGCUGCUCAGUACAUACCCGAAGCUACGGCAUUUAGACAGGGACAGAGUUUACGGGAACCCGAUUUAUCAGGCGCUUCCUCGCGUUCUGCUAAUGCUAGUACAAAAUCAGCGUUAGGAACUGAAAGCUCACAUGGCCAGACUACUCCGCAAGA